AUGGCCAACAACGCUCUUCGAGCCCUCUCGAAGCACAACCCCGACAAGCCUUUCCCGGUCUGCAAGGAGAAAGCCGAUCCCAACAACUCGAUGAAAGGCAACUUCUACGGCAUCGAGGUGAAGAACCUCUACGUCGCCCUCAUGACCUCUGAUUUGUGGGAUGAGUUCGCGAACAAGUGGCAGCAGUUCAAUGUGCCGAAGCCGGAGGAGUGUGAGGCUGGUUAUCGCAUCUCGCAGGCCGCCUUCUGGCCCGACAAGGAGGAUGCGGAGACUUCUGGCGUCGUCGUUCACGCAGCUGACCAACAAGCCGAUUGUGUGGCUGACACGGCCUUCACGCGAUUGAUGUAUCUCUCAAACAAGAAGGCUGCCAAGGCUCACGCGACCUUCAACAAGAAGCAUCCCGCCAACCAGGAUGAUUCUGACGCUGGCUCGCAAGCCUCGACUCCGAUCGGCUCUCCUGCUGGGACUGGCUCUCCUGCUGGGGACGAUGGCGACUCUCUGAUGGACAUCGACGACCAGCCCGAUCUCGAGCCGAACACUGACAACACCGACAUUCAUCCCAUCCCAUCCGCUUGGACGGUGCCGAAGACAUUCCGCCUCACCCGUGACUGGGAUAUGUGGCCAUCCGCCGGUGUCCUGCCCAACGAAGUCAGCAACUGCCAGCAGGCGCAGUAUGGCAUCCUCGCGGACGUCGUCUUUGAGACCAUGAAGGUUGAGGUCAAGAAAGCCAAGAACGUCACCGGCAACACCUUGCUGGGCGAUCAGAGCGAAGCCAUCACCGAUCUUGCAGCCGAUUCGGGCGCUCAGAGUGUGUACUUACCUCUUCUCGAUGCAUUCGAGAAUGCUGGCAACAAGCUCCGCAAGCGUACUACCGCCAACAUUGUCGACGAGGCUCAAGUCUUCAUCGACUUCGUGCUGAGCUGGGAUGGGUCGAAGUCGUACCACAACGACGAGGGUCAAGCUAAGCAGUUCGAUACCGAGAUCCAACAGUUCACCGAGGAUCAGUUCCCUCGCCUCUUCGUGACUCUUUGCAAGCAGCAAGCUGUGGUCGAGCGUGCCAACGCUCGUGGUUCUGUCGCUGGCAGUGUUGCCUCCACGACUCAGAGUCUUGAUGACGACGUGUCCUUGGAGGGUAGCAUCGAUGCCGCCGUCGCUCCGGCUAGUGUUGGCUCUGGCUCUCGCGGCGGGCUUGGUCGUGGUCGUGGUCGUGGUGGGCCUGGUAGCCGUGGCGGGCGUGGCAGCCGUGGUGGGCGUGGCAGUCGUGGUGGGCGUGGCAGCCGUGGUGGGCGUGGUGGAGCUCGCGGUGGCAACCAGUCCGCCCCUGCCGUUCCAUCUUCUCUCAACGAGGGUUCGCGUCGUAGCAAGCGCCGCCGUGUCGUCAGUGAUGACGAGGACGAGGAGGAGGAGCACGACACCAGCAGGCAGAAGACGUCUGAGUGA